AUGGACACGGCACCCGCCCAGCCGCCCCCGUCUUCUUCUCCGCCGGGAGGUCCCUCGCCCUCAGUGCUGAUUGUCCUUUCCUCGGAAAAGCGUCUGUUUGCACAGCCUUCUGCGACGUUUGCCGCGGAGACUGGGGCCUCGGGCGGGCGGCGCAAGUCGCUUGAGUUCCUCGCGGAAGCGGGCGUCUCGCUCUCUUCUCUGCUGUCUAUCCACUCGAUUCUGACAGCGAGCGGACUCUCGUAUCAACUCGCGACGCCGUCGGGCGCCCCUCCAGCGCUUUGCAACGUCGACUCCGUCGCAGACCUCGCGGACGCCGUGCGGGCGCGGGUGCCUCCACAGCUGCUCGCGCAGCUCGGGAAGCCUCUCGCCCUGCGAACCGUCACCCUAGAGGAUUUCGCGGGCCUGCUGCUUCCUCACCACCUCGGCGCGGCGAUCGACCUUUUCAACAGCUCUGCGCUCGGCAGCCUGGUCGCGGCGCUGACCUCGGCCGCCGAGGAGAAAGUCGUCUGCUCCAUCGGCUACGGAGGCUUCGCGCUCGCAGCCAAGAGGCCCUCGAGUCUGCGCGAUGAGACGCCCAGCGGCGCCGCCGCGAUGAAGAAGAAGAACGGCAAUUCUUUCCCGUUUGCCAACUACACAAUGACCGGCGUGAGUCCCUUUGACGAGUGUCGCUACCCCUUUUUCGGCCACCUGCCAUGCAUGCUGCAAGAGCUGCUGGAGGGGCAAGGUGCCUCAUUCGCCUCCUUCGAGUGUACAGACACCCCGGGGAUGAUCGUCGACCGCAACCUCGUCUCGGGAGCAAAUGAGGAGAGCACGGCGCUGUGCGUCCAGACGUUGGCGCUGCUGCUCUGCUGCCGCCGCCACGCGAGCGCGUCGGCCUCACAGGCGGCCGCGAAUCUCGCGCCGCGCCUCGCAGACUCUGGCGACGGGCGCCUCGCCGCCGGAGGGGCGCGUGACGCGCGCACGCUGACGGCGCGGGAGAGACUCGGGGCAGACGAAGAAAGUCGCUGGAAGACAGCGGGGAGCGUCGUACAACAGUUUGCCAGCGCCGAAAAGCGCGCCGCUCAGGAGGAGGUCAGCGCCCCUGCCGAUGCAGACCGAAGCGGAGAGGGGCUGAGGGGCGGCGCAGCCCCCGAGCCCAGGCCGCGGCUCCCUGUUGAAGCCCUCGACCCGAGUGGCGCGUUUUUUGCGGAGAGCCGCGCAGACGACGCCGCAGCGGUGCCUCCAGUCGUCGCGGGCGCGUACGCUUCAGGCGCUGCUUCGCGUGCGGAGAGCGCGGGGUUCCGCUGGCAAGAGGCAGGCAACGCCCCGAGCCAUUCAGAGAAGACCCGCGACGCGUGGGGCGCGUCCUCCAGCAGCAGCCCCGAGGAGAGCUCUCGCGCAGACAGCGAGUUCAGGUCGCCCGCUGCGCGCCGAAGCGGCCUGGAGACUCCCCCCCACGCCCCGCACGAGGCGUCUGGCGCCGAGCGGGAGCGACAAGAUCGCAGCAGAGACGAGAGGCCGGGGUCUGAUUGGGGAGGGGAGGCGAGCGCGGGCGAGGCAUUCGUCGCGUCCUCGUUGGCCAGCUCUCGCGCGGAGGCGUCGUCUCCCGCGUGGAAGGAGCCUGUGGAACGCGCAGGGAGCAACGGCGCCUUCGCGCGUCCUUCAGAGGCCGCUGCCGGCGAAGAGAGCUGGGCUGGAAGGGGGCUGCGGGGAGCUGCGAACGCCUCCUCGAGGCAAGGCUUUGGAGGGCUCGACGGGAGUGUCGCAGGUUUGUUCUCCGCGAUGGCCGCGCGCAGCUCCGGCGCGGGCGCCAGCAGUGGGGGAGCUCGUGUGCGCAGCGGCGAGCUGCGCGACGUCUUCUCGCAGGGCGAAGCGGCAGAGACCGCCGCAAUGAAGGCGAGACACGCUCUCGACGCCCCGCAGGCCCAGCACACAGCUGCGGUGCACGCAGCGCAUGCAGAGAUUCCGCGCGACGGCUGUCGCGCGUUCGAGUCGCCUGGCGCAAACGCGGAGUCGCCAUUUUCUAAGGACCUGGCAGGCGAGUCGAACAGAGCCGCCGCGAAGGAAGCGGCGACAAGCGGCUUCUCCGCGAGCCUCGAUCGCUUCGACGAGCCCAUUCCCUUUGCGGCGGAUGACCGGGUGCACGCCUCGCCCGCGGCUGUUGGCGAAGACUUGUUUGCUUUCGAGUCGGCUUUCGUGGCAGGCGGCGAGGGAGGCGCGAUCUCGGCUUUCGGGGGACGCGCGGACACGCGGUCGGAGGCGCCCAGGCCGAACGGAAGUUUCGCGGGGCUCGCAGAUCCCUUCCAGCUGUUUGAGGCGACGCCAAGCGAGAACGCAGCCCCGCGGGCGAAAGAGGAAACAAAGGACUUGAGAGGCGACGCCCCCCCGAACUUCUCGGGAGGCUUCGGCGUCGACAGCGGAGACUGGACGCGGUGGUAG